GAUAUGCCUGACAAUUGCCUCAAAAUAUGACGUCGCCAGAAUAUGCACCACAUUUCGAGUGAGCUCAAUGCUUGCCUUAGUACUAACCACCACUUCCGCACUAUUUACCGAAGCAAAAUUUGCACUUCACCUCGAAUCGACGGCUGUUUAAUAGGAAAUUGAUUUAUACUGCUUCGUAAUUAGCGUUUACCGUCUCGACCACGCAGCAAAUCCUCGCCCUACCUGGCUCACCACCUAGAACUGCCAUCGUCCACACCGUUUGUUGGUCAUCGCCGUCAUCGCGUUUCUGUUUAUCUAUGAUGGUACGGUUUUUUUUUCUAGGUGUCAUAGGGCACAGACAAAAAAUCCAAACUAUUAUGGAGCUAUUGUAAGCUGUUUGACCGUUGAAGCGCGUGUGUGUGAAUAAACAAAUUGUGGUUCUUGGGCUUUUUUUUGUUGAUGCGCCGCCGAUCGAUACAUACCUGGCUUGAAUUGCGGGCGCGCGCACGUCAUGCGAAGUAACUUGCGCCAAUCAAUUAGGCGAGGAUCGCUGCGUGGCUCGGCUCUGAUCCAGUACACAGUACGGCGGGUUCAGCGGUCGAGAUCGGUUCGCUUGGUGUGGUGAAGAGUUCGGUCGUCCAACGGGAAGUUUUGCGAAAUGGCCGCCAUCAGUAAGCACUGGGACGAGAUUGUCCACUCGGGGGUGACCUGUGCCACGUUGUCCCAUCCGGGAAAAACAUGCGAGGAUCACCUGCGGCACCAGAUGCGUGCCACUAUUGGGGGCAAUUUGAAGUUUUUCGUGCCGAUUUCGAUCGUGCGGUUGUUCAUGCUGUGCUACACCCGGAAGACACUGUCGAUGGAAGUUGUGCUGCAGGCGUUGUUUGAGCUGGUCAGUGAGUCCUUCAAUGGGUGGGCCGUGUCCAAUUGCUGGAGUGCGGGAUUCUGUGCCAUGUAUCGCUGGUUCGGCUGGAUCAACAACUACUCGGUGUCGCUUCCGAGCCUGCCAGGAACCCUGCUGAUGUUCUUGAUGCCUGCUUACGUCAAGAUGAGCCACUCGCGAGCUAUCUUCAAUGUGUUUUUAGAGUGCUGGAUGAAAUCGAGAGAACAUCCACUGGUGGAAUAUGCACGGGAGUCGAAGGUCGUCGGAACGGUGUCGUUUAUGGCCAUCAGUGCUGCCAUCGCGUACUACGCAAGGAGGACCAAGGCGAUGGAGUUCUGGUUCUUCUCCCCGCUGAAGAAAAACCUCAACCCCGAAUCAGAGCAACAUCGCAAACCGUGCCAUCACCGCCACACCUGCCAGAACUACAUCCUCGAGGGAAUGCGAACGUGCUUCACAUUCGGCCUACUGCUGGAGCUGGUCCGUAAGCUGAUCAACGUUGCUCCACGGCUCAGCAAAGAACCCAUGGCUGCCAUAUUGGAAGCGCUGGCACGCAUCCGGUUGCGAUUCGUCGCUUUCCUCACACUGUACAACGGGCUGUUCCGGCUGACGACGUGCGCCCUGGCACGAAACCGAGGGAAGGUGACCAAGAGCGAUAGCACCUGGGCGGGUUGCGUCAGUGGACUCAGCUACGCCCUGUCGCCAAAUUAUAAUAUUUUCAAUCUGGGAGUGGCGGCUGUCAUACAGAACGCGUGGAACUUUAUCGUUGAGAAGUACUCCAAGGUGGAGUGGCUCCAGCAGUUCAACAAAAUCUCGUUCAGUUCGGUCGUGUGGGUGUUCCUGAUGAACUACAAUAUGUACGCUCGGGCCUACUAUCCCUACGCCAUGUCGAAGUUUGCGAUGAAAUUCACCGAUAUCUGUUCCGGUGCACAAGCACAAAUAGCUGCCGAAUGUCUGGGAAAGGUCGCCAUGGGAUUCAGCUGAGCAGGUGAGAGUCUCAUCUCAAGAUUGUUGCAAAAUUGUUAACUAUUUGUGGUUGUGAUAGUUUAUAAGCGGGACUAUAAUAGAGUAAUAAAUUAAAAGUUGUUAAAAGGAAAUUGUACUACAGAAUACAUACAUGACGGCGUAAAGCCCGCUUCAGUUAA